CUUGCGUUUACACUUUCAUUCUUUCAUUCUCGAAACAGUUGACUCGUUCGUCGACGACCAAUCACCAUGCGGGACGUGGCCUGCUGGUCUCCUGCACAGCGGGGAUUAAAGCCCCUCUCCACCCGAUCUCUCGUAAGCGUCGUGAUUCCUCGCCGCUCCACAAGAUCCAAAAUUAUGGUCAUGGGCUUAUCUCUCGCCUCUCCCGCAUGGGCUCGCUACAUUAGAUAAAGGUCUUUGUAUCUUCAUCAUCUUCCUAUCAGAACACAUUACUUCAACCUGCCCCUAUAAUUUCGACUCUAGAUCCAGGGAACUUUCGUCGUACCAAUCGGACAGGCGAGGUUCUAAGCGAAGCCUCCCAACAAUUUAUUUUCGAGGAAUCCACCGCCUGCCAUUUUUGCCGUAGCCGCCCGCUGUUACUCUACAUAUUUAUCUCUUAAUUUGAUACAGCAAUACACCAAGGUUACAGGAUGGCUGAUCUUGAGAAGGACGACAAGCUCGGCGGGUCGCAGUACCAGACCGCGUACGAGUCGGAGAAGGGCGCUGAGGGAAAUUCUCUGGACCCUCAUGCUGGAGAGCUGGGUGGAUGUGAAGGCAAUACCUACCAUCCCGGAGAAAAUCAUGUCAAGAGGCAAUUGAAGCAGCGGCAUAUGGCGAUGAUCGCCCUUGGAGGUGCCAUCGGUACUGGUCUUUUUGUUGGAUCUGGAAGUGCUUUGUCUUCAGGAGGUCCGGUUGGACUCUGGCUUGGCUACAUUUUGAUGGGGACUAUGGUUUACGCGAUGAUGGUGGCUCUGGGGGAGAUGGCUGCUCUGUUCCCUGUUGCCGGAGGGUUCGUACAUUACGCUAGUCGCUUCUGUGACGAGUCGCUUGGGUUUGCCACAGGUAUCAACUAUUGGUACAGUUAUGCCAUCACCAUUCCCACCGAGAUUAUUGCUGCGCAGAUUGUCAUUACUUAUUGGGACAGCAACACGCACGCUGCUGUCUACAUCACUGUCUGUCUUGUCUCCAUUUGGUUCAUCAACUUUCUGGGCGCUAGGGCGUAUGGCGAGGCUGAGUUCUGGUUCUGUGCAAUCAAAAUCAUUGCCAUCGUCGGCUUGAUCAUUCUCGGUAUCAUACUUAUGUGUGGUGGUGGUCCCGACCAUGACGCCAUCGGGUUCCGAUACUGGCGCAACCCCGGACCUUUCGCCCAGAUGACCAUCAAUGGCGGUGACGAUGUCAUUGAGGGGACCUGGGGCCGUUUCCUUGCGUUCUGGAACGUCUUUGUUCAGGCUGCCUUCUCUUUCAUCGGUACUGAAAUCAUUGCCACUACCCUCGGCGAGGCCGAGAACCCUAGGAAGACCGUUCCCAGGGCUAUCAAGCGAGUCUUCUUCCGAAUCCUCUUCUUUUACGUUGGCGGUAUCUUUGUCAUCUCUGUCCUCGUCCCCUACAACGAACCCAACCUUCUCAACGGUUCUGGGACCGCCGCUGCUUCUCCUUUCGUUAUUGCCAUUGAGAACGCAGGUAUCAAAGCACUGCCCUCCAUCGUCAACGCCGUGCUGCUCAUCUCUGCGUGGUCUGCGGGCAACUCGGACAUGUAUGCUGCCUCGCGUACCUUUUACGCGCUGGCGCUUGAUGGACAGCUGCCGCGGAUCUUCAGGAGGUGUACGAAGAGCGGUCUGCCCAUCUGGUCGUUGGUCAUCACCGGUGCUUUCGGUCUUUUGGCGUACAUGAAUACUGGUGGAGAAACCGCAGAGGAGGCUUUCAACUGGCUUUACAAUCUUUCUACCAUCACUGCCAUCGUGACCUGGUGGACUAUAUUAUUGUCGUACCUUCGGUUCUACUAUGGUCUCAAGGUGCAGGGCAUCAGCCGUGAAGAUUUCCCAUACAAGGCUCCCCUGCAGCCAUACCUCUCCUGGAUUAGCUUCGUCUUCUUCACCGUUGUAAUUCUCUUCAACGGCUUCACAGUGUUCCUCACCGGUAAUUGGGAUACCGGAGACUUCAUCGCCGCCUACAUCACUCUCCCAAUUUUUGCUGUAUGCUGGGUCGGGUGGAAGUACUGGAAGAAGACCAAGUGGAUCCCUCUAGCCGAGAUUGACUUUGAAACUGGCAGAAGGGAAUUUGACGAGUUGGAGGUCACCGACAGGGAAAAGUACAUGGCGCAGAACAAGUUUGAGAAAAUCAUGGACUUCAUCUUCUGAGGGGCUCGUCUUUUAGCGACCGUACAGAGGAUAGCUAUCUGUGGCGACGAUCAGAAUUGUCGAGAGUUGGAGGGCGUAGGGGUUUGGAAGAAGAGUUCGCAUGAUUCUUUUAAUUCUUUCGUGUUUUUGAGCAUUGUAGUUCCUAGCUUUGUAGCAUUUGUAGUCAUCACAUAUCCAGUAGUGUCGGGUUUUAUCAUCAUUCCAUGUAAUGUCCGUCAUCAUUCCAAUGGUGCAGUUCGAAGACAAGCAGCAAUCAAAGUCCUCGAACGAAAAAGGUCAACGUGGGAAGCUGGGGUUGGCUGCGUUUGUCGUUUCAUUACCCUGGUCCAGGGGAGUACAAUCAGACGAUUUGUAGAUAUAGCUGCUAUUGAAAUAUUC